AUGAGCGACCAUGCGCGUCCUUCCUUCCCGAUGCUCCCCUAUCUCACACUUCAGCAUGCUUUCCUCGCUGCACUCAUUGUUCUUCGGCCACGCUGGCCAUUCAGAUUAGGCGCGUUCACAGCAUACGGAUUUUCUCUUAUGUACGCUCUCCGAUGCUCUACUGGAAAUUCCUUCCGAGAUCAUACUCUCGGCUGCAUAUUGCUGGGACAUUUCUUCACCGCCAUUCACUUGAUCUGGAUUACAAAUCCAAUCAAGGAAUUUAUGCAUGAACGAGAUCGCAUCGCACCAGAACGGCUCCCAUUUGACCGUCGAGCAUUAUGGGCACUGUGCAUCUUUAAUAAUCCCCGCGGAGUCGGAUGGAACUAUCAGCUUAGCAAUAUCCCCUCGCGGCCGAGUGAACCCCGUUGGACCUUCGUGCGCGAACGGCUGAAAAGCGCGUUCCGGUGGUUUUUGCUCGUCGAUCUCAUGCAGUUGGUCGAGCGGACGUUCCCACAGAGGGGUGCAGACUUCGCAUCGCUCAGUCUUCACGGAUGCACACAGCGUUGUUGCACAAUCGGAGCAAUUGCUAUGCAAUAUUACUUGCUCGCCGCGGGGUCUGUUGCCCUUGGAUGGUUUUCGCCGUCCGAUUGGCCAGACGUUUACGGUCGGCUGUCUGACGCAUACACUCUCCGGCGAUUUUGGGGGCGCACCUACCAUCAAUUUAUGCGUAGGUAUUUGGGAUCGCUUGGGAAAGUGGCCUGCCGCCUCUUUAACUUGCAGUCUGGAUCAUGGGCUUCCUCGUAUCUCCAGUUGUACGUUGCCUUCGCCAUCUCUGGUCUUAUACACUGUGGCGGAGACUUCAUGGCGAACCCUGCGUUAUUUGGAGCGUCAUUUCCAUUUUAUAUCUCUCAGGCGAUAGCAAUCACCUUCGAAGAUGUAGCCAUAGGCGUUGCAAAGCGAACGCAAAUCAGAUGGUCGGAACUCUUUGCACGCCGUGUUGGCUACGCGUGGGUUCUCAUCUCACAGGUCGUCUUGUCGACGUUGUAUCUUAACUGGUUGAUGAGAGCGGGGUUGGCGGCCAGGGACAGGAUGUCAUUCUCGUUGAUCGAUGCGCUUGGUUCUAUUGCAAGCACCGGUCUAUCUUCAUCUUCAUUUUAUACACCUCUGGCUUAA